AUGGCAAGAGCUGGAAUUCCCACGUCGUACCCCUAUCAGAGAGUUAUUCAGCCCGACGAACCGGUCAGCCUCUAACGCUCUGACUUCGAGGAACAACAAGAAAACAGCGGGAAACGAGACGAAGAGGAAGAUGGAAUAUUUGAGCACGAUUCCCCGAGUGAUGAUGGUGACAUUCCAUCUUUGGAAAGAGAGGCUGAUUUUCACCUCAGAAGAGGUUCCCGCUUCUGA